GCCAUCUUGUCAUCAUCAUCCCAGCUGAGAACGCGAUCGAGCGACCCAGUGGAGCAAAGCGCGCGAGAUCAAGAGCGCACGAGACCAGAUGCGAUCGAGGUUAGUGGCCAUCGCCGGGAGCUCUUACAGAGCCGCGACCGGAUACCGUCGCCGUGAAGCCGCGAGGCGAGGGCUUGCGUCGGUGUCGGCCGGUCGCACGGCCGAUCCCGACGUCCACGCGAAAGAGAGAGAAUCUGAAGUGAAGCCCGCCGUUUUCUCCGGAGAGCCGGAGGAAACUAGGAAAGUGUAUGAGCCUGACCCUAAACCAGCAAUGAAGCGAGACGUGGAACCGGAGCACCCCAAAGCCAGGGGCGACUCCGAGCCGUUCGCGCCGCCCAGGCCGCCCCACUCCACCUCGCCGAGGCUCCAGAGUACCCCUGUGAACAACCCCGUCGAACCCAAUUACCAGCAGAAACGGAACAAAGCGCCCGCCACGCCGCUUGAAAACGUGAGCUGCGCGGGGCUGGAUGGCUCGCCGUGGCCGGAAGGCGAUGAACAGAACCGAUCGCGGGGGAACAGAGGAGAAGCGGAUGAGGACGACAGGGAGUAUUUCGCGCACCACAAGGCUUCGCCACUGUCGGAGAUAAAGUUUGCCGACACGAGGAAGCCGAUCACGAGGGCAACGGACGGGACGGCGGACUCGGCGAGCUACGGGGGAGCGCCGGACGUGGUGGGGUGGAGACCGGAGCAGCUGGACACGGCCGAGGAGGCGCUGAUGCGGGCGGCGAGGAUCUGGAAGGAGUCGGCGAUGAGGGGGGACCCCGAUGCUCCGCAGUCCAGGGUGCUCAGGGCUCUUCGUGGUGAAGUAUGAGAGCUACGAAUUUUCCUCGUGAGCUUCGACUUGUAAACGAAGUGUAUGUAUAUUUAAUAAUCUGCUCGAGGGCUUCUCCUUCCCAAUAACCCUGCCUUAACCGCAGAUUUGCUCGUGGCAAAAUGCGAAUGGGCACAUUUCAAGAGAGUUUUACUUUGUACUCGUUCUUAAUUUUGUCUGCUUGUAGACGUGCUGGAUCUUCACAACCCGCAAUUUCCACAGACGUGCCCGUUCAUGUACAUCUGAGACGCAUAAUUUGGUG